AUGGACUUCUCGUCCAACACAAGCCACAUGGAUUUCCACAGGCCCUCGUCCACACUGAGCCAUCUUGACCGGAAACCCUCCAUCUUCUCCUUCGACGACAACCACACCCUCGACGCCAACAUCCUGGACACGCCCGUCCUGAUGUCGCCCACCACCAGCACCCAGGGCAUCUUCUCGCCCGACACAUCCAUCUGGGAGGACUUCUCCCAGGGCCAGUUCGUCGACAGGACCGCCACCAGUUCCGUCGUCAACACAAACGGCAACAACCCCUUCUUCACCGAGCAGAGCAACAACCCCUUCGCCCGUCUACCACCCAACCAGGCCGCCACAUACGGCCAGCAGUCAUGGCCCAUGGACACAUCCGGAUCCAGGACGCCCACGGCCCCCAAGCCUCUGAACCCCUUUGGUCCUGGUGACUUUGGUGCAGCAUCCUUUGUGCCAGAGCCCCAGCAGAUGCAGUACCAUGGACUCCCCAUGAACACAAACGUCCGACCAAGUGCCGUCUUCACUGCCCCAGAGCAGCCCAUGUCGCCACAGUCACACUCGGAUUGGAUGGCCUUCAACCAACAAGAGAUGGACCAACGCCCUGGACCCAAGCGUAUGAGGCCCAACACCCCUCCCCGCUCCUUCUCCCCUCGCCGGGACGGUGGCAUCAGGAAGAAGAACGCCCGCUUCGACAUCCCCGCCGAACGCAACCUGUUCAACAUCGACCAGCUCAUCGCCAGCUCCACCAACGACGACGAGCUGAAGGAGCUCAAGCAACAAAAACGGCUCCUCCGCAACAGACAGGCCGCUCUCGAUUCCCGCCAACGCAAAAAGAAACAUACCGAGGAGCUUGAGGAAGAAAAGAAAAUCUGGAUCGAGAAGAUGUGUGCCAUGCAAGAGGAGUUUGGCCAGAUCCGGAUCGAAUACGACUCCCUCGUCAUCGAGAAGGAGAACUGGCACCGUGAGUCCAUGGACAUGCACCACAUGAUCAACCAGUUGCAGUUCGACAAGGAAGAGCUCGUCCGCAACCACACUCUGGAGACGGGUGACCUUCGCAAGAAGGUGUCUGUCCUCACCGAGAGGCUCGAGAACGCCACUGGCAACGGAAUGGCCGUCGCCCCCAGCUCCACCUACACUGACUUCGCGUCUGAGAUGGACAACCUCAACAUGGGUCACAACGACUGGGACAACUACAUCUUCGUCAACGACUUUGCCUCUGACGAGCAGACUCCCCAAGAACAGACCGUCGCCGUCGUUCCCCGUGCAAAGGAAGAGGACAAGCCUGUCGCUUCUGGUCUCCUGCUUAUGCUGCUUCUCUGCGGUGCGUUCGUCGCAAGCAAGUCUGGCUCUGCCGCCCCACCUAUUCCUCGCAUGCCUGAUGAGGUCCGUGCUGCAUCCGCUACGGUGCUCGACAGCAUCCUCAAGGAUGCUGGUGUCUCGUCUGCUUUCACUGAGCAGGGUGUCAUCGCCAGCCACGUAACCGGCAUGGAGCCCACUCCAUCUGGCAUCGCUUGGCCCAAGACCACCCUCUCUGGCUCUGAACUCGCUGGCAUCUCUGGAUCACACUUCGACCAACUGCACUCUCAACUCACUGGACCAACAAAGGAACAGGAGCACGAGCAGUUGUUCUCCAUCACACCUGCACAGUACAACAGCAUGACUUCUCUUGACUUCACUCGUGGACGAUACAGCAUGACAAGUGAUGACCUCACCGACCCACUGUCACCUGGCUCUCAACAACAACCUUCGCACCGUCGCAAUCUUGCCGAGACUCUCGCUGCCAUGCGUGAGCAGAACAAGGGCGACUCGGCUGCCGAGAUCUACACACGAAGCCUGCUCUGGGACAAGAUCGCACCUGAGGUCGUCCACGAGUUCAAGCGUAUCGUCGAGGAAUCUGCCGCCAUGUCACGACCCACUACAUCUGACGGUCUUAAGACCGAACUCUGA